GCUCCUUUUCGGGCAUUGGCUUUCUAGGUAUAUGAGAAAGAGAUCUCUUGGCCCUCUACACUACUGUACGGUUAAUCUGUGUACACGUGCACCUCGGUGGUGGUGGACGGUGGACCAGCAUUGACCGAGUUGAGGAAUUGGCCGCAUAAUGGCGGCUAGCUUCGGCAGCUACCCCAGGCCAUUCAUCGCGGAAUUGGGGAGUGGACGGGUGAACUUGCUUGUGCGAUGACGGCAAGCGGGCAGCGUGGAAUCAGCGGUGCAACGAUCAAAAACAGUGCGCUCCGCACUUAUAAGAAUGGACUCCUCAAAGGUGUCUCUUGGGGCUCUCUUUCCCUUGCAUCCGAUUCCCCUGUGGCCCUCCAAUUCCCACCACCCUUGCACCGCGCCUUCUGGCCGAGAGCUGUUGCCUUGCUCUAGAACUACUUACUGCAACAAUAACCAUGCCCGUGAGCAACUUUGACUUUCCAGAGAAAUACCAAUAUCAGAAUGGCUUCGGUUCCUACCUGGAAUCCGAAGCAGUCCCCAACGCGCUCCCCGUCGGCCAGAACUCCCCGCAGAAGCCGCCUCUAGGCCUAUACGCCGAGAAGCUCUCCGGUACCGCCUUCACCGCACCGCGCCACGAGAACAAGCAGACCUGGCUGUACCGCGUCUUGCCGUCAUGCGCCCACCCGCCGUUUGAGCCGUGCCCUCCGAGCGGCAACGAAUCCGUUGCCGACGAACCGCGGGCGCUGAAAAGGCUUCACUACAUCCCCAACCAGCUGCGCUGGGACCCCUUCGACCACGCCACCGCCAGCAGUACCGGCGGCAGCACAGAAGCCGACCAGCAGCAGAACCUCCCUGAUUUCGUCCAGGGUCUGCACCUGCUCGCCGGGGCAGGCGACCCAACGCUCAAACAGGGGCUGGGGAUCUACGUGUACGCGGCGGGGCGGUCCAUGGACGCCAACGAGGCCUACUACUCGGCCGACGGCGAGCUGCUGAUCGUGCCGCAGGAGGGCGUCCUCGACAUCCGCACCGAGCUCGGCUGGCUGCUCGUCCGCCCCAUGGAGAUCUGCGUCAUCCCCCGCGGCGUGCGCUACCAGGUGCGUCUGCCCGACGGCAGCGGCCCGGCGCGGGGCUACGCCCUUGAGCUCUUCCAAGGCCGCUUCACCCUCCCCGAGCUGGGGCCCAUCGGGUCCAACGGGCUGGCCAACGCGAGGGAUUUUCAGGCGCCCGUGGCCAGCUUUGAAAAUGCCGCCGGCGCGUGGGGAGAGACGGCCGGCGAUGCCGAACGGGGCGGGGAGUAUGUGGUCAAGGCCAAGUUUGGCGGGAAGCUGUUUCGCACCGUCCAGAGGCAUACCCCGUUUGAUGUUGUCGCGUGGCACGGGAACUACUACCCGUAUAAGUACGACCUGGGCCGGUUCAACACGAUCGGGACCGUCUCGUUUGACCACCCGGACCCGAGCAUCUUCACGGUGCUCUCGGCGCCCUCGGACCACCCCGGCACGGCCAUCGCCGAUUUUGUCAUCUUCCCGCCCAGAUGGCUCGUCGGCGAGGAUACCUUCCGCCCGCCGUGGUACCACCGGAACACAAUGAGCGAGUUCAUGGGCCUGAUCAGGGGCGGCUAUGACGCCAAGAAGGGCGGCAAGGGCGGCUUCGUCCCUGGGGGCGCGAGCCUGCAUAAUGUCAUGAGCGGGCACGGGCCGGAUGUCGACAGCUACGAAGCCGCGAGGAAUGCUGAGCUGAAGCCGGCCAAGGUUGGGGAGGGCAGCUGUGCUUUCAUGUUUGAGAGUUGUCUGAUGGUUGGCGUCACCGACUGGGGGUUGAAGACGUGCCAGAAGGUGCAGGAGGAGUACAACCGGCACAGCUGGGGCGGGGUGAAGGUGCAUUGGAAGGGGGCUGGGGUUCAUUAGGUGUUACCGAGAGAGAAAUUCGGAAUCAUCAUCGGAUGAUGGCAGGGGUGGCUAAUGGCGUAUUUGCAGAGUAACGAGUGUUUCUGGCCCUGGCACGGAGGAACUUUGAGGCGUACUUCUGGCGAACAAGCAGAAGAUGGGUAAAAAAGUUAGUUCUCAUGACUCGCAGAUCCGGUCAUGAUAUGAGAGCCGUAGGCAGAGGUCCUGCUUUUGGGCGGGAGAGCAUAACCAUGAUGCCCGAAUGCAGACUCUAGCAAGCAACUGCAGCAAGCGGUGGCGUUAGCUGUAUGCGGAUAGUAAUUGUACCACAUUUAUCACCCG